AUGGGGUAUCUGGCGGCGCUGCAGGCGCUGAAGCGCAAGAAGCGGUACGAGGGGAAGUUGGCGCAGCUGGAUGGGACCCUGUCAACCAUUGAGUUCCAGCGGGAGGCGCUGGAGAACGCCACUACUAACACUGAGGUGCUCAAGACUAUGUCGGACGCCGCCCGCGCCAUGAAGCAGGCCCACCAGAACAUGGACAUUGACAAGGUGGACGACCUCAUGUCCGAUAUCACGGAGCAGCAGGACAUUGCCCAGCAGAUCUCAGAUGCCAUCUCCAAGCCUGUGGGCUUUGGUGACGACGUGGAUGAGGAUGAACUACUGGCUGAGCUGGAGGAACUGGAGCAGGAAGACCUGGACAAGGAGCUGCUGAACGUGGGGGAGCCGGAGCUACCGGCUGUCCCGAGCACCCACCUACCGGCUGUACCAGCCACCACGGCCACAGCCACAGACGAAGAGAAGGAACAACUAGAGCAACUGGCUGCCUCGCUUUCCUGA